AAAGCGCCCCACAGCAGGCGAGCUAGCGGGUCAUGUGAUCGCAGCCAGGCGUCCCGGGCACGAGCCGACGGUUUCCACGAGAGACGCGACUUUCUGUGACGACUGGCUGCUUGGAAGACCACCCUCAGCACUCAGCCAACAUGGGACUUGCCAGACUCUGUGUACUUUUGGUCCUUUUUAUGACGAGGGGAAGCUAUCAGACAAACAGCACAGGUGACUCCGCAGACCGGGGCAUCCCUGCCUCUUUGCCCUUACUGGGUCCCUACGGCACCGGCUCCCCCUGGCUGGGGGGCUUCCCCGAUGCCCCCCGCAGGCUGGAGGACUCCAACGGCUCGGUGCGGACCUCACCGGGCCCCCCCCCUCCGUGCACCGCACCGACAUCAAUCAGCCACUGCUUCAAGUACAUCAACACCAUGUUCUCCUGCUUGGUGUUCGUGGUGGGCAUCGUGGGCAAUACCACCUUGCUGAGGAUUAUCUACCAGAACAAGUGCAUGAGGAACGGACCCAAUGCCCUGAUCGCAAACCUGGCUCUGGGGGAUCUCAUCUACAUCUCCAUCAACAUCCCCAUCAACGUGUACAAGCUCCUGGCGAUGAGGUGGCCCUUCAGCGAGCAGCCGUUCGGCCUCUUCCUCUGCAAGCUGGUCCCCUUCCUGCAGAAGGCGUCUGUGGGCAUCACCGUGCUCAACCUCUGCGCCCUCAGCGUUGACAGGUUCAGGGCAGUAGUCUCCUGGAGCCGGGUCCAGGGGGUGGGGAUCCCCCUGGUGACAGCCAUCGAAAUCGUCUCCAUUUGGAUCCUGUCCAUCGUCCUGGCCGUCCCCGAAGCCGUCGUCUUCGACAUGGUCAGCUUCAGCUACAAAAACGUCACCAUGAGGACCUGCAUGCUCAAGCCGCAGACCCCCUUCAUGAUGUUCUACACCAACGUCAAGGACUGGUGGCUGUUUGGCUUUUACUUCUGCAUGCCGCUGGCCUGCACCGCCGCCUUCUACUCGCUCAUGACCUGCGAGAUGCUGCAUCGCCGUAACGGGGACCUCCGGAUCGCCCUCACUGAGCAUCUGAAGCAGAGGAAAGAAGUGGCUAAAGCUGUCUUCUGUCUGGUGCUCAUCUUUGCGCUCUGCUGGUUCCCUCUGCAUCUCAGUCGGAUACUCAAAAAGAUGGUGUACACGCAGAAUGACAGAGGAAGAUGCGACCUCCUCAAGUUCCUGCUGGUGCUUGACUAUUUGAGUAAAAAUCUGGCAACUAUCAACUCCUGCAUAAACCCCAUCAUCCUGUAUUUUGUGAGCAAGAAAUUCAAGAACUGCUUCAAGUCCUGCCUCUGCUGCUGCUGCCACCCAGGCUCACUGAUGAACAGCAUGAUGCCCCUGAACGGCACCAGUGUGCAGUACAAGAUGCCGGAGAUCCACCAUGCCGACCACAGCCUGCGUAAAGACAGUGACAUCUGAGGUCACGCCCCCCCCCUCCACCAGCCAAUCACGGACCUCCGUCUUUCCCGUCAGUGUGCCGUGUGCAAAUAGGAUGUUGGAAGUCCACCAUGCCGACCACAGCCUGCGUAAAGACAGUAACAUCUGAGGCCACGCCCCCUCCCCCUCCACCAGCCAAUCUCGGACCUCCGUCUUUCCCAUCAGUGUACCGUGUGCAAAUAGGAUGUUGGAGAUCCACCACGCCGACCACAGCCUGCGUAAAGACAGUGACAUCUGAGGCCACGCCCCCCUCUCCACCAGCCAAUCACGGACCUCUGUCUUUCCCGUCAGUGUGCCGUGUGCAAAGAGUAAGCCAUGGAUUCAUCACAGCCAUACUUAAGCAGUAUGGGGUCAGCGCAUAUCAUACUGCAGGAUUCCAUUGCAUUUCAGUGUGGCACAGCCGCAUGGAAGACGGCAGCAUCAGCAUGCCUCACACACCUCUGGACCGAGUAAACUCGGCACUAAGGCACUGGCAGAUUGACUCCCCUGGAGGACAUGGGUGCUGUUACCCUGCCAGGAGGCCUGCACAGGAGGCCUGCCAGGAGGCCUGCACAGGAGGCCUGCCAGGAGGCCUGCACAGGACGUGGCUAAGUGCCAGGCCCGAAGGAUUUCGAUCCGGAAGCUUCUAAUCACUUUACCGGUACCCCUGGUUGCUGUGGUCAUGAUAGCAGCACCGCCAAACAUGCCAACUCUCUGCACUUCUCACCGGACAUCAGCCAGGGUCAGAGGUCACUAAGUAGAUGAUUGUGAGAAAAUGGGAAAAAGGCAUUUUUUUAAAUGUAUGCAAAUGCAAGGUACGUUCAUGCACAAAAAGCCUCAGUUAUUACAUAGUGUGUGAUGGGGACUGCUCCCUGAGUUCAGGGUCAGCGUGUGUAACACAAUACUAGUGAGUUAAGCUGCAGUAUUAUCUUAGUUAUACAAUGUUAAAUGCUGAUAUUUGGUGAAAUUCAUGCACCCAUGAGUGUAAUCCAGGAAUGCCAAAAAACCCCCCGAAAAUGUCAUGUGAGUGGCUGCAGGUGAAAAUCAUUUAAUUGAUACAGAAAAUAUUUCCUGUUACCUUGCAAUUGCCUUCCAGCCGAGAGACUUCUGCUUUUGCUGCAGGUCCGGGAGGUUUGAACCAGGCAGUACAUAACUAACUGGUUAAUCCGUUACGUAACACUUCACCACUGUAUUAUUUGUACUGUCUCAAGUUGCUAGAAAAAUGAAGAAGACUCAAAAUAAUUUUUGGUGAACUUUACGUCCGUGUAGGAUUGUCAAUCUAAACGUCACUUCCCUUUAAAAGAUCACAUUUAUCCCAUAAAAACCACAAACACAAAAUCAGUGGAUUUGUAAACUAAAAAUAUCAAUUACUGUAUAAUAGUUCAGGAGCGCAUGUAGGCCUAUUAUAAUUUGGAAUAGUAAAAGGAGAUGUACGUUUUGAAUAUGCCAUUAUAUAUAUAUUUUUCCUGUUGUCACUAUUUAAACUUUUUUAUUCUUGUUAUUUACAGAUACUUUAAGUAUCACCAGUGAGAUUGCAUCCCUUCGUUCUUACACGCAGCUGUAUUGCAUUGAGGAAUGCGUUAUUACUGCAAAUAAUACCUGCUUUAUGCGACGAUGUGAUCAGUGCGCGUAUGUAUAUUCGCUAAUAUCAAUGUUUAUCCCGUAACGUCAACAUUCACCCGUACGUGACGCUUCCGCAGCUUUACUGUGUUUUACAGCGUUUCCCGGCCGGAUCGUAGGCGCUGCCUCGCUCAUGCUUUCGCCCAUUUCCGUCACUUUGUACUUUUAUAUUUGCUGAGCUGAGAGCUGCCUUUACUCAAGCUAUAUUGAACUUCGAUCAUUUCAGGUCGCAGUAAUGUUUCUGUAUUCUGUAUGAGUGAAGUGGUUUAUUAAUAUUUUUACCCUGACUGUGCAUAUAAUUGCUGCCUUAAUACACAAUGUCCAACGUUUCAUUCCGUGUGUAAACUGUAUCUUUGAUAAAAAAAAAAAGUAUAAUAAACAAACAAGUUUCUGUGUA